UGGUUCCUUCCAGUAACGGCAGCAGCAGCAUGGUGGAGGAGAAACCAACGUGGAUCAACAACAACAACGACUCUUUCUGGAUUUAAACGCUAAUUUGCUUUGACAGCUUCCUGUUGUUUGAGGUUUGAGGAUCUUUAAAGUUGACCAGUUGAAGAAAACCGUCCGAGAUCAAGUUACAAGAUGCCUCAUCGAAAGAAGAAAUCAUUCAUCGAGAAGAAGAAGGCCGUGACCUUUCACCUCGUCCACAGAAGUCAGAGAGACCCGCUGGCUGCAGAUGAGAAAGCGCCACAGCACGUCCUCCUGCCCACCGCCAAGGUGGACGUAGAGAAGAGGCGCGAGGAGCAGAGGGAAUUUGGAGUUUUCUUUGAUGACGACUACGACUACCUGCAGCACCUGAAAGAGGCGUCGGGCACCACUGAGCUGGUGGCGUCCGGACCCUCACACACUGACAGGCAACGCGUUCAUCUCCGCGAUGAAGACGAGGAGAGCGAGGAGGAGGAGGAGAGCGACGCCGUCAGGCCUGCAGCUUCCAUCAACCUGCCGUCUUCAGUGUUCGCCUCAGAGUUUGAAGAGGAAGUCGGACUUCUGAACAAAGCUGCUCCGAUCUCAGGACCGCGGCUCGACAUGGAUCCCGACAUCGUCGCUGCUCUCGACGAAGACUUCAACUACGACGACCCCGACAACCUCCUGGACGACGACUUCAUCCUGAAAGCAAACAGUGCGAAUGGAGCAGAGGGCGUAGGAGGUGCUGAUGAGGACGAUGAUGACGAGUGGGAGGACACAGACGAGGAAGGCGACUUCGACUCUGAAGGCGGGUUUUCGGGCGAUGAGGACGGCCGCGGUCGAGAGUUCCUGUUCAUGGACGAGGAGACGAAGAGUCGAUUCACAGAGUACUCGAUGACGUCGUCGGUGAUGAGGAGGAACGAGCAGCUCACUCUGCUGGACGACCGCUUCGAAAAGUUUUACGAACAGUUCGACGAAGAUGAGAUCGGCGCUCUCGACAACGCGGAGCUGGAAGGAUUCAUCGAACCGGACAGCGCUCGUCUGGAGGAGAUUAUCAAAGACUACUUCAUACAGAAAGAGAAGGAAUACCUGAGGCCUGAUGACUUGGGUCCCAAAGAACUUCCUGUCCUGAAGGAGGAGGAGGAAGACGAGGAGGAGGAAGAAGAGAUGGAAACUGUUGUUAUUGCAGCUCCAGAAGAGAAGUGGGACUGUGAAACCAUCAUCAGCACAUACUCCAACAUCUACAACAGACCCAAAAUCAUAGAAGACCCACCGAAGCCAAAGCAGAUCCGCGUGUCCGUUAAGACGGGCAUCCCUCUGGACGUCCUUCCUGCCAGAGGCCCGACUGCCAAGCAGGCGGAGCGCAUGGCGAGGAUCAACGACUCGGACCUGCCCCGCGUGUCCACCCAGCCCCGCAGCAAGGACGAGAGCAAGGAGGACAGGAGAGAGAGGAAGCUGGCCAUCAAGGAGGAACGCAAGGAGAGGAGAGCAGAGAAGAAAGCCAACAAGAUGGCGUUCAAAGAAGAGAAGGUCCGACAGGAGAAGCAGAUGUUGAGCCUGAGAACGAACAUUCAAGGCCUGAAGCUUUAGUAUCCGCCCGCCCGCACGCACAGACUUUAUACCUGCUGAUGACGUCAUCCGUGGACCCGCUGCCCAACGAGCCCAGACAGGACUGACGGGCGCUCAGAUCAUCCUGAGACUCAACUGUAAAUACAAGGAGCAAGAAUGAAGUUCCUCCUCAGUAAAAGAGCUCACAUCAUCAUCUUCAUCUUCAUCAUCAUCUUCAUCUUCAUCUUCUCACAGCUGGAACACUGACGGAGAUCUGUCACGUGUCAACAGUGUUUAACUUUCGAUGACCAAAACUUAGAAGCAGAACAAAACAACACAGGUAGCUCAGCGUUCGCCUGCAGCUCCACACCCAGAUAUUUAUCAUGUGUGCAGGAGGACGAUCAGCUGACUGAUACCAGAGGAGAGUCUGACAGUGUCGCAGGUGAAGAGUUUGUUCUGGGACACGUUUGAGAAACUGUAAUAUUGUUUUAACUUAAUCCUGACCGGAGAAGAAAAAAAAAAAAGUCUGUCAGCUAACUUGGCUUGGCACAAAGACUCGAAACAGGAGGAACCAACUUGUCUGAAGGUCGGGAAGAAACAAUCACCAGCUCCUCUGAAGCUCAGCCAUCAACACGUCAUCUGUCUGAUCAGCCCAGUGGACAUUUGCAUUUGUUAUCUGUCAGACUCACCUCAUCAUCAGGAUGUGGAUCUAGAACCUCCAGAUGGACCCAGCCGACAGACACCUUUCUUAUAUUUGGAGUUAAUUAAAUAAAAUAUCAAUAUUUUGUGUUUAUUAAAAAACAAAAACAACUCCUGAA